AUGGGCGCCUGCGGUUCCCGGCCAGCAAACAGAGACGGCACCCGUGCCGAGGCGGCGGCGUCGCCGUCGGUGGCCUCGGUCGGCGGCAACGUGGCCGUCGCUCUGGGCACGCCGGCAGGCCUGCACAAAGCAGGCGGCGUCGGCGAGCGCAAGGCAGCGAGCCAGCACCCAGCAGCCGCGCCGGCCUACCACGUGGUGCCGCCGGUGAUGGAGGCGGCGGAUGAGGAGGGGCGGCUUCGCGCGGUGCGCGCCCUGCACCUCAUCGGCGCGCCGCCGCAGCCCAAGUUCCAGAUGGCGACGGCGCUGAUGAAGCAGAUGUUCGAGACGCCGGUGGCGGCGGUGACGCUCAUAGACGUAGACCUCCACUUUGUGUCGCGGGCGGGAGACUGGGCGUGCAGCGCGGGGCGCCCGGGCAGCUUCUGCGACUGGCUGCUGGUGCCCGAGACGCCCCGCAUGCUGAUUGUGGAGAACGCUCUGGAAGACGCCAGGCACGCCAGGCCGGCCGCCGCCGCCGAGCGCCCCGCCCCGCGGCCGCCGCAGCCGCCGCCGCUGCCGCGUGUUGCUUGCUUGCUGGUGUUUAGGUCCAACAAGUUUGUUGUGGGCGAACCAUACCUGCGAUUCUACGCCGGGGCGCCGCUGGUGUCGUCCUAUGAGGAGGGCCACCGCUAUGGCACGCUGUGCGUGUUCGACUUCCGUCCGCGCCGCUUUGAUGCGGGCAAGUAUGCCAUGCUGGCGCACUUUGCGGAGAUUGUGGUGCGGGAGAUGGAGCGCGACAUGGUGAUGCAGCAGCAGCAGCGGGAGAUGGGGUGCGCUCGGUCGGCUGAGAGCCACCUCAUGCGGGCAAUGGAUUCCUUCCAGGAGGGCAUCGUACUGCUGGAUCUCUCCUCCGCCUCCUGGCGCAUCCUCUAUGCAAACGACUCCUUCCGCCACACAGCCGGCAUGCCCGACCUCGCAGCCGGCGAGGACGGCGAGGCGGGCGGCGGCGGCGGCGGCGGCGGCGGCGGCGGCGGGGCCCAGCCAGCCGCCUGGGAUUUCUGGCAGCUGUUCAGCCACGUGACAGCCGGCACGCAAGGCUCCUACAACGCUGCCCUGCUGGCCAUGGCCACAAGCAAGGAGUUCAGCAUCCAAGUGCGGCCCAUGCGGCGCAGCAGCGGCGCCGCCAACGGCAUCCCCGCCGGCGGCGGCGGCGGGGCGCUGGCGCCGCCCGUGCUGCUCAUGCGCUUCCGCCCUGCAGACAGCGAGCAGCUGGGGGCCGGCAUGCCGCACAUCGGCAUACCCGCCUGGAUCGACUCGGCAGCCAGGUUGGCAGAGGAGGAGGCGGGGCGGGGAGGCCGCGGCGGCGGCGCCGCCGACGGCGGCGCGCUGGUGCCCGCCGGCGGCGCAGGCGCAAGCGCGGCCCCGGGCCGCGCAGCUGCCUCCGCAACCAGGCGGCCGGUCUAUUACUUUGGUGUGGUCAAGGCUUCUGCCGAGACGCUCUCCCCGGCCGCAACUCAUGGCAGCGCGCCCGCCGUCAGCUCCAGCACCACACCUGCCAGCAGCCUGGGCAGCGCGGCGGCCUCCUCCAGCCUGGCCAGCCUGGGCAGCGUGCCCGCCGCCAGCCUGGGCCCCGCGAGCGCCAGCCUGGCCACCGCCGCCAGCCGCGGCGCGCCGCCCAGCACGGUUGAUUCCGAGCAGAAUCUCACCGCCCGCAUGGAAUCCAGGAUCCUGCCCACCUUCAUCCAGAUGCGGCCAGAGGUGAUGCAGGAGGUGUCGCUGGGAGCCCUGAUCGGCACAGGAUCCAUGGGCCGCUGCUACCGCGGCAUGUGGCAGGUGUGCGACUUUGGUCUGUCCAAGCACUCUGGCGGGGCCAAGGAGCUGCAGGCCUCCUCCUUUGGCACCGUCACCUACAUGCCUCCCGAGCUGCUGUCGGCGGGCAAGCUGAGCAAGGCAGCAGACGCGUACAGCUUUGGCAUCAUGCUGCAGGAGGUGGGCUGGCGCAUAUGUGGCUGCGGAGCCACGGGCCCGGCUCUCGCCGCCACCCCUGGCCUGGCCCUCCUGGCCUGA